UGGUGUUUAAAUGGAUUGUCAAACUACUGAUCAGACAUUACUUGGACAAUGAAUUUACUUAGGUGAAAAAAGUUGCCCCUGGUUUUUCGCACGCGUUAAACUGUGAGGAUAAUCAUGUGCAGAAAAACGCGACGAUGGAUAUUCCGCAUAUUUCUAUGUCUUGGAAUUAUUUACUUGAAAAUUGGUGGCUUCUCUUCUGUCAUGGCCCUGGGAGCAAGCAUUAUAUGUAAUAAGAUUCCCGGUUUGGCGCCUCGACAGCGGAUCAUCUGCCAAGGUCGACCCGAUGCCAUUAUAAUCAUUGGCGAAGGAAUCCAGAUGGGAAUAAACGAAUGUCAGUACCAAUUCAGAAACGGACGCUGGAAUUGUUCUGCGCUGGGAGAGAGAACCGCCUUCGGGAAAGAAUUGAAAGUGGGAAGUAAAGAGACCGCCUUCACGUACGCCAUCAUCGCGGCGGGUGUGGCCCACGCCAUCACGGCGGCCUGCACGCAGGGCAACCUGAGCGACUGCAGCUGCGACAAGGAGAAGCAGGGCUUCUACGGUUUCUACGGCGAUGGCUGGAAGUGGGGCGGCUGCUCGGCCGAUGUGCGCUACGGCCUGGGCUUCAGCAAGCUCUUCAUGGACGCCCGGGAGAUCAAGCAGAACGCCCGCACGCUCAUGAACCUGCACAACAACGACGUGGGACGCAAGGUCCUGGAGAGAAACAUGCGGUUGGAGUGUAAGUGCCACGGAGUGUCCGGGUCCUGCACCACCAAGACCUGCUGGACCACGCUCCCCAAGUUCCGGGAGCUGGGCUACGCGCUGAAGGACAAGUACUCGCAGGCCCUACACGUGGAGCCUGUGAAAGCCCGCCGCAACAAGCAGCCGGCCUUCCUCAAGAUCAAAAAGCCCCUCUCCUACCGCAAGCCCAUGGACUCGGACCUGGUCUUCAUCGAGAGGUCGCCCAACUACUGCGAGCCAGACCACGUGACGGGGAGCGUGGGCACGCAGGGUCGGGUCUGCAAUAAGACGCUGCUGCAUCACACCAGCGGGUGCGACCUGAUGUGUUGCGGCCGGGGCUACAACACGCACCAAUACUCGCGCGUCUGGCAGUGCAACUGCAAGUUCCUCUGGUGCUGCUACGUCAAGUGCAACACCUGCAGCGAGAGGACAGAGGUGUACACUUGCAAAUAAUAUAAACAACACACUCACUUUCCUUUCCAUCCUCCAUCAUGGACGUACAGCACUGUAUGGACACAACCAGCUUGUUUCGUGCCUGACGGACGGAAGAGGAUGAGGGGAAAGUUUGCUCACCAUUUGCACAUGGAUGCUUAGCUCCAUCUGGAAAUAUGUAGACAUUCAUCAACCGACUCUAAUCAUUUUGAGAUCUGGAGCCGACAAAAGCUGCAAGUGUUCAGCUCUCCAGCAGUUUCUUUGAGCUCAGUCCAGUCCAUGGGAUCCGAUUCGCAAUGCCAUGGGGUUCGUAUGCGGCAGGUUGGCUGGCACUCUGUAGAGGAUGAUACCAGGGCUGUCUCAAAGACAACUGACUGCUGGACAGAUGGACAGCAUGCCACACUAAUUUAUGCAUGUACAGUAAGUCUAUAGUUGUACUGUCUCCAAGUCCUCUCAUGGGAGAAAUAUUCACUGGAAAAAAAACAAGUCACAGUGGACUAGCAGUGACGGGACUAUUUAAUAACUCUUGAUGUUAGACACUCAAAAGGAAAAUAAUUUAUUUAAAGACAAAACUACUGAUUUUCUUUUCUUUUUUGAAAAUGAGCUAUGUUCAAGUAGUCUUGCUACACAGCAUCCUUACAUACGACAUACAGCGGUAGCAAAACACUGAAAUCGAUCAUUACGCUACUGAAACACUUUGGCCCAUUCGGCCUGUUGACUCCAUGACAACAUGACUUUCUCACGUACAUUUUCCCCCUCUGUUGCUGCUAGUUUGGGAGUCUGCAUAUGCUAUCGUUUUAGAACCAGUGAUCUCAGUACUGAUGAUGGUUGUCAUUCGACAACGUGAUGUAUCAUUAUUGGGAGUAGUCGAUGAACUCAGACACAUUGUCUUUUUUUGAUUGAAAAAUGUUAGUUGAGAGUAUAUUUUGUGAAAGAAAUAUUUUUAUAAGAAUGUUUUAUUUAUACUUUACUACUUUACGCCUCUUAACACACACUGUGCUAAGUAUUCCUCGUCUUUUACUGUUCAAAUGAA